AUGGAUUCCGGAUUUGCAACAUAUAUAAAGAAAAGUACCGCUAGGCAUAGUGGUAAUGGGAGAUUUGUGAAAAUGUCAGCACAGAAGAAGGCUACUAGCAUGGCCAGCCUUGGAAAAACAAGUAUGUUAGAGAAGGAGAUUUUACAGAAGGAAAACAACACUAUAGCAGCAGUCAAUGAAAAAGAUGACCAAAUCACUUUUGAAGAAGCCAUGGAUAUUCUUGAAGCUGAAGACGAUGCUGAAUUUUCUGAGGACAUAAGUACGCUAGUGAUGACACGUGAUCAAGGAGAUAUGCCAGUAGCAAAAGAUGAAAUAACAGGUUGGGGUCAUGUCGUUGGGAUUCGUGCCAAGAAGUGUCUAAACUUUUCAACAAGGAUUAAGAACUGUGCGACGUGCUCUUUUUAUGAACGUACCGGACGUAAGAAACGACAGCACGACUGUAGAAAGAACUGGUGCAAAAGCGCAAAAGCUAUGGAGCCGGAUAUUGCAGUACAGUUACACAGAGAAUCAUUAUCAAACGGCAAAAAGUAUUCGGCAGUCGUAGGUGAAGAGGAUUCAAGUUCUAACAUACCCAGAGACGCUACACAUCAUAAAAAUAUGCCUUGUGAUUUACACGAUAUAGAUAUAAAACUGACCUUAGUAAAUCUUCUAGCACCAUAUAUAUUCAAUGCGCCGAAAUUGAUGAUAUCAGCAUCUUCAAAAGCCAAUGAAGCUCUUAAUCAUAUUGAUUGGAGCAAGACGCCAAAAGUUCGAAAUUACAGUCAUAGUGAGAGUUUUGAUUUCCGAGUAUCUGCUGCUGUUUCGCAGUUUAACGACGGCAAUGCAUUUUCCGAAAUUAAGGAAGGCGUCUCAUACCAGUCAUUCUGUGCUUUUGACGAAUUAGAAGUUUUGGACACGACUCCGCUCCCCGAGCCUAUUGUGAAGGAUGAACAAUGUCAUCCAAAGUGUACUGUCGUGUAUUAUGAUCUAGAAACGUCGAAUGUAGGCGAGAAUGCAGAAAUUGUACAGCUUUCGGCUGUCUGCGGCAAUUCGAAAUUCACCAAAUUCGUUCUACCUAAAGGUGACAUACAUGUAAAAGCAACUGCUGUCAACGGUUUAGAGAUUCGCAUAAUAAAAGGAAAUAGGUAUCUUUUUCAACAUAAUCAGGAAGUUGAAUCCUGCGAUAUAUCAGAGGCCUUGUCUGAAUUUCUAUCAUGGCUGAAUGCCUUAGGAGAAGGGAAAGUUAUUUUAGCCGCCCACAAUGGAAAGGUUUUCGACAUGAAAUUCCUUUUGAAGUUUGUCACAGACACAAAGUGCUUACCGCUCUUUCGUAAUAAUGUCUAUGGUUUUAUCGACACUCUACCUCUUCUCAGAAAACAGAAGCCUAAAUUGCGGUCAUAUAAACUAACUAGUCUGUAUGAACAUACAUUCGGUGUUACAUUCGACGCACACGAUGCUUUACAUGAUGCAAAAGCUCUACAGGAUAUUAUCAAAGAUCAACGCAUAGGAUUCAAGGAAAUGGAAAGCUAUAUUUUGACAACAAAUGAAGCAGUAAAGUACUUAUUGACCAAGUGCCGGUCACGUGCGUGUGCUGCUGAAAUAGAACACAAUUUAUGCAAAAAUGAAAAAAUUAUAACAGUUUCUAUGGCAAAAAAAGAUUUCUGAAACCGGACUUUCUUACAACCAUUUAAAAAGGGCGUACUUACGUGAUCCAGAAAAUGGG